CUUCCGGCAACUGGACUUGGAAGAGCAAGGAGUGUUGGGAAUGGCGACCAAGCGGCUCGCGCGGCAGCUUGGAUUAAUUAGGAGAAAGUCAAUUGCUCCAGCAAAUGGAAAUCUAGGAAGAAGCAAAUCCAAGCAGUUGUUUGACUACUUAAUUGUCAUUGAUUUUGAAUCGACAUGCUGGAAUGAUGGGAAGCACCACCAUAGCCAGGAAAUAAUUGAAUUUCCAGCAGUGUUGCUGAACACAUCAACUGGACAGAUUGAAUCUGAGUUCCAGGCUUAUGUUCAACCUCAAGAACAUCCAAUUCUUUCAGAAUUUUGCAUGGAAUUGACAGGCAUAAAGCAGGCUCAAGUUGAUGAAGGAGUCCCUCUGAAGAUUUGCUUAUCUCAGUUCUGUAAAUGGAUUCAUAAGAUUCAGCAACAGAAGAACAUUAUUUUUGCUACUGGGGUUUCAGAGCCUUCUACUUCUGAAGUAAAAUCAUGUGCAUUUGUUACUUGGUCAGACUGGGACUUGGGGGUUUGCCUGGAGUAUGAGUGUAAAAGAAAACAGCUGUUAAAACCUGUGUUUUUAAAUUCUUGGAUUGAUCUCAGAGCAACUUACAAGCUUUUCUAUAGGAGAAAACCAAAAGGACUAAGUGGUGCCUUGCAGGAAGUAGGAAUAGAAUUCUCCGGACGAGAACAUUCUGGGUUGGACGAUUCUCGGAAUACUGCCCUUCUUGCUUGGAAAAUGAUCAGAGAUGGUUGUGUAAUGAAAAUUACAAGGUCGUUGAACAAGGUUCCCACUAAGAAGAAUUCCAGCAUUCUGGCCAGAAAUUUGAAUACAAAUCAAGUUGAAGAAAUGUCUGCCUGUAACAUUAGCAUCCAGGGUCCCAGUAUAUAUAAUAAGGAGCCUAAAAAUACAAUAAAUCCUCAUGAAAAAGUUCAAAUGAAGUCAAUUUGUGCAAAUUCUACUAUAAAGGCACAGCAGGAUCAAUUACAAGUAAAAAACAAUAUAAAAGCAAGUCUUCACAAUGUCAAAAGUUCCUUAUCUCUUUUUAAUACUAAGUCCUCUACUUCUGUGGGGCAGUUGCAGUCUCCUACCUUGAAUUCACCUAUCUAUAUGCAAAAGCAAGGAAAAAAUGAACAUCUUGCAUUUAAUACCAAAUCUAAGGCUUCAACAGUUGGUUCAGAAUUGGUACUUGUGUCUACCACCAUUCCAGCUGUUCAUCAUGUUUCUGAUUUGGAAAUGAGCUCUACUCUGGACUGUUUACCUGUGUUGGCUGAUUGGGAGGAUGUGGUUUUACUGCCAGCAUCUCAGCCUGAGGAAAACGUAGACUGUACAGUUCCCAUUAGUGACUCAGAGAUUUCAUUUAAUUCUGGAGAAAGAUUAAUGGUUUUGAAAGAAUUGGAAAUGCCAAGUCAUGAAAACUUUGGAGACAUAGAGGAAACUCCUCAAAAAUCUGAGACUUCUAAGUCUAUUGUGUACAAGAGUCCUCACACUACUAUUUAUAAUGUAAAAGAAGCCAAAGAUCCAGGUUCAAAUAUUUCUGCCUUUAAGUUACCUGAACACAAAUCAAGUACCUUCAACAGAGUUAAUGCCAAUAUGUCUCAUCCUUUAGUUUUGGGGAAACAUCCUCUUCUUUCAGGUGGUACCAAAAGGAAUCCAUGCAGUCCCCAAGCUUUCCCACCAGCAAAAAAACAACCCUUCACUAUUCAUGAAGAAAAGUCUACAUCAUCUGAUUGCUCCCCAGUAAGAAGUUCUUCCUGGAAGCGUCUCCCAUCUAUAUUAACUUCUACAGUUAACCUACAAGAGCCUUGGAAGAGUGGGAAAAUGACACCUCCAUUAUGCAAGUGUGGUCGGAGAUCUAAGAGACUUGUUGUUUCUAAUAAUGGACCGAACCACGGAAAAAUCUUCUAUUGUUGCCCUAUUGGGAAAUACCAAGAAAACAGAAAAUGUUGUGGUUAUUUCAAAUGGGAACAAACACUUCAAAAGGAAAGAGCCAACAGCAUGGAUCCAUCUCAUUCCACAGGGGGACUCACUUUUAAUUCUCCAGAAACAAGCCAUAUUUGUGACAGAAAUUUAAGUAUUUCCACCAAAAAUUCUUUGAGACUCAGGCUUUCAAUGAGGAAUUGAUAACCUUUCAUGUAUGAAUCCUAAUUGUUCCUUGAAUUUCCAAACAUGAGUAUUCUGAUAACA